AUGAGCAAAUCAACGCCUUCUUACCCGCCGCCUGGCAGUUUCGACUGGGCGGCCGUACGCCGUGAGAUAUACGCCGCUGCCGGUCCUCAGCCUGCCGCUGAGUCGUCGUCCCCGCGCCCGCAUGCAGGUGCUCACCCCGGGUCCCAUGAUCAGCAGCGCACGCGAAGCCUCAGUCUUUCUCUGCCAUGGCGCCGCCCAAAGAGCGCCCUCUUCAUCCACGACGACUACAGAACACACGAGCAUGCCAUUGACGACUCCAACGACGACUACUCGAAUUCCGACCACAAACGCCCUGCUGCUACCGGCGCCCUCAAAGGCAUGUUUCGACGCGCCUCGCACUCCUUCAAAGUCAUGGUGCACCGCCGCCCAGUGCUUUGGAACGAGGAACCCAUCUACGAGCAGAAGUACCCCGAAACGAGACCCUACACAGCCAACUCGACCUGGAACAAGCUACGCCAGGCUACCGGCCUCCGCCAUACCCCUUCUGCCUACGGGUUGGACGACUCGUACCGGACUGCUCUCCCGUCCCAGCCGGCACCUGCCAAGGUUCCCAUUCCCGCGCUCGGCGACGCUCCUCCAUAUAUCCCCGAGUAUGGUGGCGCCGCCGCCAAGGCUUCUGCCGCCAUGCAAAAUGAAUUCUUUGCCCGCAACCGCUGGCUCCACGAAUCGACGAGCGAGGACGGCAAUGAUCGCGAGAGUGGAAUCGGCAUCGUCCCUUCGGGUGCCAGCGCCGAUUUCGACAUUGACGCCGAGGCCGUGUCCAAACCGGCCGACUUUAGCCGUGUGGAUUUCAUCAGCGCGCUGCCUGUUGAGCUGGCCAUCCAGAUCCUCGCCAAGCUCGACGCCGCCGCGCUCGCCAAGCUCAGCACCGUCUGCAAGUGGUGGUCGCAGAUUAUCAAGAACCAGCACAUUUGGCGCGAGUCCUUUUUGCGGGAAAUGAGCAAGACGUAUGCGGCGUGCGGUCCCGUGCAGCCCAACACGGGCCUCGGCAUUCCCAAGACGGUCCCCGACAACGACUGGAAGCGCGCUUACAGGGUCAGGCAGCAACUGAGCCAGCAUUGGCAACAAGGCAACGUGUCGCCCGUUUAUCUCAGCGGACAUACCGACAGCGUUUACUGUCUCCAGUUCGACGAGCGUAAAAUCAUCUCCGGCUCCCGCGACAAGACGAUUCGCAUCUGGGACAUGCGCACUUUCGAGUGCCUCCUGGUCAUUGGCCCGCCCCUGGUGGUGCGCGCCCGCUCGUUGCUCUUUGACAACAACCUCGGCGAGACGCACUAUGCGUCUGGCCCCGAGGACGAGAGGCGCUCAGUCGUCUCGACACCCGACGUCGCCACGUUCGAUAUCCACCACAAUGCCUCGAUCUUGUGCCUGCAGUACGACGACGAGAUUCUCGUCACCGGCUCCUCCGACUCCCACGCCAUCGUCUACGACAUCAAGGCCGGGUACAAACCCCUGCGGCGCCUCGAGCACCACACGGCCGCCGUGCUCGACCUCGUCUUUGACGACACCCACAUUGUCACUUGCAGCAAGGACACGACGAUUUGCGUGUGGGACCGCGCGACUGGCCACCUCGUGCGGCAGCUUCGCGGCCACGGCGGGCCCGUCAACGCGGUGCAAAUGCGCGGCCGCACCGUGGUCUCGUGCUCGGGCGACCUCCUCGUCAAGCUCUGGGAUCUCGACACGGGCCGGACUAUUCGCGAAUUCGCUGGCCACACAAAGGGUCUGGCCUGCUCGCAGUUCUCCGAGGACGGUCGCCUCAUCGCCUCGGCCGGCAAUGACAAGAUGAUUCGCGUCUGGGACGCCCACACCGGCGCCUGCCUUCACGAGGUCCCCGCUGCCCACGACAACCUCGUCCGCAGCCUUCAUAUCGACUCCGUUGCCGGCCGCCUCGUCUCGGGCUCCUACGACACCGACAUUAAGGUCUGGGACUUGCGCUCCGGACGGCAGCUCCUCGACUUUCCCCGCUGGCACGCCAGCUGGGUCCUCUCUGCCAAGAGCGAUUACCGGCGCAUCGUCAGCACGGGGCAGGCUCCUAAGAUUCUCGUCAUGGACUUUGGCGCCGACGUGGACGGCAUUGACAUGCUGCAGAGCGUGGAUGACCCGAUGACCUUGUCGUCGUCGUCGUCGUCGUCGUCGUCGUCGUCGUCGUCGCCAAGCCGUGAAGGUUUCUUCUGA